CGCUCUUCAUCGGGUCCGGACAAUCUGCCACAUUGGUUUUGGAAAUCGUUUGCUAUUGAAUUAGCUCCUAUUGUCACAGAAAUUUUUAACAUGUCACUAAAAACCGGCAAGGUACCUCAGAAAUGGAAAUCCGCAAAUUUAUUACCACUCCUUAAAGAAUCACCAUUAAAUUCGUGCAACCAGUUAAGACCAAUCUCUCUGACGGACAUCAUGAGACUAUUCGAGAAGUGCGUGUAUAAAUCUGAAAUCGCACCUAUCACAAGAAACAACAUUGGUCGUCCUGACCAAUUUUCUUAUAAAAAGGGUCACAACUCGACUAUGGCCGUGAUUAAAUCCCAACAUCAAUGGCUAGAGUGGCUGGAUAGAAACGCUAAUUAUGUUAGAGUGCUGUCCUUCGAUUUCAGCAAAGCAUUUGACAGUGUGCCGCACGAGCUUUUGUUUCAAUAUGUUAAAAAGCUACCCAUUAAUCCGUAUGUGGUGAACUGGAUAAUUAGCUUUCUAGAAAAUAGAAUACAAAGAGUAAUGGUUGAUGGAAUUGUUACAGAAUAUUUAUAUAUUAAUCGUGGUGUUCCUCAACGUACCGUUUUAGGCCCAGUUCUUUUCUCAAUAAUGGUCGAUGAUAUUAAAACUGCUGAUCCUAGUAAUGCGUUAGUCAAAUUUGCUGACGAUUUGACGUUAAGAGUGCCUGGCAACGAAAGUGGUGACACAUCUGGGUCUGAAGCUGCCUGUUUACAGGAUUGGGCGGAAGAGAAUAGAAUGCCCUCAAACUCGGAAAAAACGUACGAAAUGGUUGUGCGCAGACACACCUCUGUAGUUUUGUCUGAGCUUAUCCCUUCAAUUAAGCGAAAAACGACGCUAAAUUAA